AUGCCGUUGUUUGAAUCGUUCAAAAGUUUUAUCCAGUCGCCGACGGAAUCGAAGGUGAAACAGGCAACCAGCGAGGACGAGACAAGUGGUGCCACCGGGACGUUGAUGAACGAGAUAUCGAUUUUGACGUACAGUCCCAAGACGGUACGGGAGAUCAUCCAGAUCAUCCGAAAGCGGCUGUUACUUGGGCAGAACAGGAGGAACUCACACCGCAGCUGUAUCCAGGUGAUGAAGACACUGACGCUGGUGUCGUACUUGAUGAACAACGGAUCCAACGAGUUCAUCAAGUGGCUUAAGGGCAAUAUGAUACUGAUUGAAAUUUUGGAGGACUUUCAGGUCCAGGAUACCCGGGACGACCGCAAUGGCGAGGAGAUACGCAAGCUGAGUAGGAAUCUGCACGAAUUACUGCAAGACGACGAGCUGCUGGAGAGACAGCGAAAGGACGUGAUCCAAUUCCGGUCGAGCAUAUCGACGCCAGGAAGGAAGUCCACGGACAAUAGCCAUCUGAAGCUGGAGGAGAUGAGAAAUGAGCUCGCUCGACAGAGCUUGGAAAAGAAAGCCAAGCCCGCUCCCACCAGCACCAGUCUGGACUUCCAGAGACAACGCACUAGGAACACACACGAAUACGCUCGAUUUUCAUUAGUGCCUCUGGCGGAAGAGGACAGUGAAGACUCUCCUAGUGCAGCUGGCGGCACAAGCAGACUAUCGUUUAGGCCCAAGUCCUCAAACAACCCAUUCAGAUGA